AUGAUAACAUGGUCUUCAAUAAGCGAAGAAAUACAAGCAUACAAGAGUCGAUACAACAAGACCUAUAACAAGACUCGUGAUCCUAUUACAACCGAAGAAUCCAUGCAAGAUGAGGUUGCAACUAAUGAUGAUGACAUGGCUUUCAAUAAGCGAAGAAACACAAGAUACAAAAGUCGAUACAACAAGACCUACAACAAGACUCGCGAUCUAGUUGCAACCAAAGAAUCCAUGAAAGAUGAGGUUUCAACUAAUAAUGAUAAGAAGGCAAUUGAAGGUACUUUCUCUGAUGAUGCUGAUGUUAUCAACGAUUGGAUUGAUGAAAAUGAUGACCUCGCCGAUACAACUAUAUUCUACUUAUACCGUGAUCUCUAUCCUGGUAAAAAGAUGAAAUUGCUUUUCAACAAUGCUGGAAGUAGAGCUGGUUUCUUACCUCGAAAAAUGGCUGAGUCCAUACCAUUUUCAAGUGACAGUGUGCCUAAAAUUUUAGAGCACUUUUCACUAAAGACUGAUUCAGCAGAAGCAGAUACUAUAACAAAUACCAUAGAUGAGUGUGAGUACCCAAAAAUGAAAGGGGAAGAAAAAUAUUGUCCUACAUCUUUAGAAUCCUUAAUUGAUUUCGUUGUUGCAAGGCUUGGCAGAAAUGUUAUGGUGCUUUCAACUCAAUCCGGCAAGAAACAAGAAUAUACUGCUUUAACAGGAGGCAAAAUGAUCGGAGAUAGAGCAGUGAUAUGCCACAAAGAGGUAUAUCCAUAUGCUGUGUAUUAUUGCCACGAAAUCGAGGACACCAAGGCUUUUAUGGUUCCAUUGGUGGCUGCUGAUGGUACUAGAGUUAAAGCAGUGACUAUUUGCCAUGAAGAUACAUCUACUUGGAGCCCAGAGCACGUGUCAUUUGAACUUCUUAAAGUUAAACCUGGAGUGCCUAUUUGUCACUUUCUCGCCAAUGAUACCCUUGUUUGGGUUAAAGCUAAAGAUGCAGGAUGGGACCUCAUCACCCAUCUAGCAAUGCCUAUCAUUGAUCAGUAA